AUGGCCGAUGAUGAACUCUCUCCUCAUGACGGAAGUCCCAACAGCGGACAACAGCUGGACCCGAAUCUAUUCAAUCACCCCAAUACCCCAAAUCAGAACCCGAUCCCAGAAGGCCAAGAUCAGAUACUCUUGCCAACGAGAUCGCUCAAUGAUCUGCUCCAUCCGCCACGUGACUUGGCCUUGAUGCGGGAGCGCCUAUUCGAAGUUAAAGACAAGAUCGAGCUUCAAGUUGAUGAGUUCGAGCGCUAUUGGCCAUACGUCGAUAAUGUGUGGGUCAGGCAACACAAGGCCGGUACGGACAAAACGGGCAGAGUCUUUACCGAUUACUACGCAUGCCGAUUGCAGAGGCCGACCUACACCCCAAAAGCCGUGGACACGCCCAGACGAGAGGGUCAGCCAACUCGCAAAAAGCAAAUCAGAGAAGGCGGGACAUGUCAAAUGCGGCUCAAGACCAUACGAUACGAGGGAGGCUACUCUGGUUACACCAUCCUUAAAGUUGGCGAUGAGACUCAGCACACGCACGAUCUCGAUCACAUUGACAAGAUCAAAAGGACGAGCGUCUUGAUGGAGGUCGCCAGAUCUGAGGUCAUGAAAGGUUACAUGCCAGCAUCUGUGUUCACGGUCAUGAAUGAGGACACGGAAAAGCUUACAGCAGCUGGAGGGCGAUAUUUAAACCGCAAUGAUGUUCGCAAUGCAUCACAGCAUUGGCGGCAAAUACAUAGAGAAGAACUCCGUGUGCAUGAAGGCUAUAAAUAUGACCAUGGCAAUGGCAUCGUUCGACACGAUGGCGUGAGCUCCACUGCCAAAGUCAAUGGGGAUUCACAGAUGGUCGACCCUGCCCUCAGCGAUAUCACACCUUUGCCGCCCGGCACGCUUCGAUUCCCAAGUGCAUCCCGUGCGUUUCUCGAGCCAUACCUACCACCAAAGGAGCCGACUAUCAACGCAAGUGGCCUUCCUCACGUUACUUUGACCUACGCUACAUCUAUGGAUUCUUCUUUGGCUCUUGCUCCCGGGAUGCAGACAUUGAUCUCCGGUCCAGAGUCCAAGGCCAUGACGCAUUACCUCCGUUCGAAGCACGACGCCAUUGUGAUCGGGGUCGGCACAGCCACUGUUGACGACCCGGCUCUGAAUUGCAGAUUGGAGGGCGUCGGUGGAUUUGGUGGGCUUGGAUGGGAAGGUCAACCUCGACCAGUCAUCAUUGACCCUGGAGCGAGAUGGAUGAUAACGCCGCAGUCAAAGGUGCUGCAGGCUGUCCAAAGCGGCAAAGGAAGAGGACCUUGGGUUAUCAUGGCGCCUGGGUUUGCGAUGGACCCAAUGCGGCUCGAAUUGCUCAAGUACUAUGGGGGCAAGUAUCUGGGACUUACUGAAUUCGAUAAGAAAUGGAGAUUACGAUGGGAGGCCAUACUCAAGGCAUUGGCAGCUGAGGGUAUUAAGAGCGUGAUGAUCGAAGGGGGAAGCAUGGUUAUCAAUGACCUACUCCAGUUGGAGAACUCGCAUUUCAUCAGUUCGGUUGUCACCACGAUCGCACCGACGUACCUUGGACGGGGAGGUGUGGGGGUCAGUCCUGCGCCAAGGCACGAUCCAACAGGUAGACCUCAGCCGGCCGUCAGAUUCGAAGACGUCAGAUGGCAACCGUUGGGCGUUGAUGUGGUGAUGUGCGGUCGACCACGCUGUUGA